AUAAAGUGUAGGGGAUGAAAAUGAUGGAAGACAUCAGAAAGCCGAGCUGUAAAAAAGCCCAAACUAAGCAAACUGAGACGCGCACGCGCGUUGCUCACAGCUUGGCUCCCGAGGCCGGGCCACAGCGCCGGCGCACAGAAUCCGGGGAGGGUGGGGAAGAGAUGAGCACCCAGGCCUAGAGCUCCCACUGCCUCAGCCUCCCUAUCCCCGCAAGCUCCGCCUCCUCCAGCUGCUCGCCUUCCCAAACAACCGGGUUCGCCGCCGGCGCUUUCUGCCCAUUGGCCCUUAGCCUUUUCCGUUUCCGCCCAGCCCUCAAAAUCCACCAAUCAGCUUGCACUUUUGGGUGAGGGUCCACCUCCAAGGCUGUCGCUCCGGCUCCUCUGCAUCCUCUGGCUGCUGCCUCCGCAGCUCCCUCCUCCUACCCCACCUCCUCCAUCUGGGGAGCGUCUGCGGGGGCCUGAGGGGCGGCGGCGGCGGCGGCUGCGAUAUGGAGCCAGGGGCCGGCGGCCGAAAUACUGCUCGUGGGCAGAGGGCCGGGUCCCCGAACACUCCGCCGCCCCGGGAGCAGGAGCGGAAACUGGAGCAGGAGAAGCUCUCCGGUGUGGUGAAGAGCGUCCACCGGCGGCUCCGCAAGAAGUACCGAGAAGUGGGAGAUUUUGAUAAGAUCUGGCGAGAACACUGUGAGGAUGAAGAAACUCUUUGUGAAUAUGCCGUUGCAAUGAAAAAUUUGGCAGAUAAUCAUUGGGCAAAAACUUGUGAGGGCGAAGGUCGUAUUGAAUGGUGUUGUAGUGUAUGCAGAGAAUAUUUCCAAAAUGGUGGGAAGAGAAAAGCACUUGAGAAAGAUGAAAAAAGAGCUGUACUUGCCACUAAGACCACUCCAGCCUUAAAUAUGCAUGAGUCUUCUCAACUUGAAGGUCAUUUAACCAACCUCAGCUUUACAAACCCUGAAUUUAUAACUGAGUUGCUACAAGCCUCAGGAAAAAUCAGAUUACUUGAUGUUGGCAGCUGCUUUAACCCAUUUCUGAAGUUUGAAGAAUUUCUAACUGUUGGCAUAGAUAUUGUACCUGCUGUAGAGAGUGUCUAUAAAUGUGAUUUCCUGAACUUACAGCUUCAGCAACCACUCCAGCUUGCACAGGAUGCUAUAGAUGCUUUUUUGAAGCAGCUGAAAAACCCUAUUGAUUCUCUUCCUGGAGAGCUUUUCCAUGUGGUUGUUUUCUCUCUCCUUCUUUCUUAUUUUCCAUCUCCUUACCAGCGAUGGAUUUGCUGCAAGAAAGCCCAUGAACUGUUAGUGUUAAAUGGUUUAUUACUAAUCAUCACACCUGAUUCCUCCCAUCAGAACCGUCAUGCUAUGAUGAUGAAAAGCUGGAAGAUUGCUAUAGAGUCCCUGGGCUUUAAACGCUUCAAGUACUCAAAAUUUUCACAUAUGCAUCUGAUGGCAUUUAGGAAAAUCUCUCUAAAAACCACAAGUGACUUGGUUAGUAGGAACUACCCAGGAAUGUUAUAUAUUCCUCAAGAUUUCAACAGUAUAGAAGAUGAGGAAUAUUCUAACCCUUCCUGCUAUGUUCGAUCAGAUAUAGAAGAUGAACAACUAGCAUAUGGUUUCACAGAACUCCCUGAUGCGCCAUAUGACUCAGAUUCUGGAGAAAGUCAAGCCAGCUCUAUUCCUUUCUAUGAGCUAGAAGACCCCAUAUUACUUUUAAGUUAAUAUAGAAGCAAAAAGGCCCUUUCAGUCCAGGCUCCUAAACUAAUUGCUUACACCAAUUGGAAAUACUAACAUGAACUCAGUACUGAAAACCUGGUUUGCAUAAAAGAAAUGCAGAGGUUUACAGAGUUUGCUAUUUUUUUCUACUUCUCAAUUUUAAAAUUUAUUCUUAUAUAGAAAGCUUAAAGUUUCAUGCAGAGUGACUCAUGUCAUAGCAGAAACUACUGUUACUUUAGCAUUUAGCACUAUCAUAGAAAGGUACCUUUUUCUCUUUAGUGCUAUUGUGAAAACAAGCAUAAUUUGCUAUAUGUUUUCCUUUUCAACUUUUCAGUGUUGACUAUAAACCAUUGAAUGGAAAACUUUAAGAUGUAGAAAGCUGUAGAUUGCACUUUGAUGACUCACAAGUUAAAUGUGAUACAGAAAAAUAGAUCGGUUAGUUGUUUUGUGAUGCACUUAUCUUUUUCUUUUUUCUAACUAAAAUUGUGAUGUUACAGAAAGUCAUUUUAUGUUCCUUUUUUGUCUGAUGAUCCAAUAUUUACUGAAUCUUUUGUAAUUGGUGAUAAUUCUUUUUCUUUCUUCCUUAUAUUAAAAGCUCAUUUGACAGCAUCAGACAUUGGGGGAGAGAUGUCCCCCAAAGUGUGUAUUCUAAUUUUAUUAGCCCUAUCCAAUAAACACCAUUGCCAAAGUAGUAUUUUCAUAACUUUCUUGUUGAUUUGGGCCUUGGUGUGAAGUAUAUUUACCUGAGAGUUCACUUUUACUUUUCUUAAACUUAGGCUUCAUUUACAAAAUGUUUUAUUUAAGCAAGGAACAAUGUAAUACUCAAUAAUGACCUAAAACACCUUUUUGAAAGGGUUUGCACUUGGAAGAGAGUUUAUGUUCUGUUGAAACCAACUUUGAUAGGGUCCUCACCCUUCCGUUAAGGAGGUGCCGCACUACAAGUUUCAAAUUAUAUGGAAAAACCUAAAAUUAACCCUCUGUUGGUGAUCUCAUAAAAUGGUUUUGACCUUUUGGUAUCUUAAUUUCUAUCUAAACUUUAUCAGAAAAUUUUCUUUGAAUAUAUCAAUUAGUUGGCUGUGGGAAUUUUCCCUUUCCACAUUAAUAAAUGCCUUUCUGUGUUUCUGAAUCAGAAGCAAAUGAUUAGGGAAAAAUGUAUGUCCAAACAAGACAAGAUUAGUUUAAACAAUUAAGAACAUUUAGUCCACAUUGUCUUGUCAGCCAGCAAUUGUCAUGGAAGCUAUCAUUUUUAAGAGUGCCACUGUGUGGAUUUUUUUUUCAAGUGGUUAUUACAUUAAAAUUACCUCAUACUGAGGUUUUUGCACUGAAAUAUCACAGUUUCAGAUUUCAUGGUUAAUGUUGUGCGUAUGUUUGUAUGUUUUUAAAGGAAACUUGCAUUUUCAAUAGUUGAUCCUAAAUUUCAUAAACUGCACUUCUUUACUCUGGUAAAGCUGAUGUUUUUGUGCUUAUUGUGAAUUGCCGUAGUACCUUUGAAUGUCAAACUUUAUUUAGAAAUAUAAAACUUAUCCUUUAUGAUAUAAAUGGUUGAGUGUAUGUACCCAGUAUUUCUAAUUAAAUUUCACAUGCUAAAUUAAUGAAAGUAACAAGAUUGUAAUUUUUAGAAGUCAGUUGAUUAAAUGCAAUAAAUAUUGGUUGCUCAAAUAUGCCACAAGUAACUCGAAAUUUUUCAUUUACUUUCAACAGCAUAAGAUUCUUUAAUAUUUAGGAUUGACUGUUCUUUCCAGUUAAGCACUAAAGGAUUAUGUCUUGUAGCUUCCCCAAGAGAAGGGGAAGAAAAAAAAAAAGCACUGUGUUAAGGAUAAUACAGAACUAUUUUGAACUAUUUUGGUAGUACCUUUUACCAUACUGUUUGCUUUUUGAUUUGGGUAAAUAUCUUAAGAACAAAGAAAACAAUACACCAAAUGAAAAUGCUUUGAAAGUAAAUGAAAACAGCGCUUUUGAAAGGCUGGUAUAGUAUGACCCUGGAGUCAGCCUUUGUGUUACAGCGAAAAUGUUGGUGCUAUAAAUUCUGAUUGUUUACAGAUGUUGAUUCUGCUUAUGCUCCAAAGUGUGCAUGAUGUAUUUUACGUAGUACUCUGAGGAAGUCUCUUUAUAAAACCUACUACCACUUAGUAUAAAUUUGUUUGAAUUUAUAUCAUUUGUUACUGUAAAUUCAGCUUAUUCAAAUUAGGUUAGCACAGAUUUAAACUGAUACACAUUCCACCAAAGCCAAUUCAGUGUAUAAGUAUUGAAGUAUAAGCAGUCAUUGCAGCUUGAUGCCAGAUCAUGUAUGUAAUAACAAGUGGAAGUUAAUAGGGCCUUCUAAUACUGUAUGGGUACUCCUAAGAAUUAUUUCAUUUUGGAUAUAAAGAAGUUAUGAGGCCUCCUGUCACAUUCACAGCUGGUUCUCCAAAAUAAUUUGGUUGUUUCAAAAACAAAUGGUAAUCAUUUGGUUGGAUUCUUCAGUAUCAUGAGUAGAUCAUGUGGUUUUACCAUAGUUGCCAAGUGGUGGGAGGUAGCAUACCUGAAAAUGUACGUGUGUGUUUGUUGUAUUUUUUCACAUUUUGUGAACAAAGCACAUUUAUUAAAAAUUUUAAAUUUUCUAGUA